GUGUGUCAAUGUUUUGCCUCCAGGGAUCAAGGAUAAUUUGAGGAUGGAAUACAGAGGUUAGUUCAUAUCUACUAAAAAAUUGAAAAUGGUCCGCCAACGUAGAUCCCAAGUGAUUUCGGAUGGUAAUAAAGCAGAUAAAAGUACAAAUAGUAGUAGUAGCAAUGGCAGCAGUACUUUCAAUGGGAAACCUGGCAAGAAAGCAAAUCUAUUCAGUUAUUGGAAACAUUUCAUAGUAGGGACAGUUCUAAGUAUAGCAGUCUGCUUUGGUUAUAUGGGCUACCUUGAGACGAGAGUCAAUACUCCCCUUGAUGACAAAAAGGUAGUAACAAAGAGUGGCUUGGAUGUACCUGAUCUUUUUUGGGGUACCUACAGACCUGGAACCUAUUUUGGUUUAAAAACUCGUGAACCUCACUCUAUGGUAACUGGACUUAUGUGGUAUUUCCCAAGACAGCUGAGACUAGGAGGGGAUGGUAUUAGGCAUUGGUGUGAACAGAGUGAUAAUCUAGAAAAAUUUGGCUGGCUUCAACAUGAUGCUCACAACUUUGGUAUUCAAGAAAUAAUUGAUGGACCAUUCAGAUUGCUGACAUCCUUUGUUAAAAGGCCUGGAGGUUUCAGAGGUGGGGAAUGGACCUCCAGAAUUUCUGUAGAUUUCUCAACUGCAGAUGACAGGAUGGUGGAUGAAGAAGUUUCACUGAUAUGGUACACUGCUUUGGAUGAAGAAACUAUGGGUUACUUGGAACCUACAAAUUCAGCUACCAAAAUAACAGGCAUAAGAGGAAAAACGCCUACUUUGGGAGAGUUCACAUUAAAAUUCACUAACACCACUGGUUUGUUGGUCCAUGAAUCUUUUUUGAGUACCACAGUGCCUGGUAUAGAUCUUCUCAAAGAAACAGUAUUUGCCUCAUUGAGACUUUCCCAAGAUAAAUCACAAAAAUCCGAAAAAAUAGUUCUGGGUGGACAGUUGACUUCAUUCAUUGGAAAUGAAAAGAUAAAUCCGAAUUUGGUGGCGAUUCAGUUGACUGGAAAAGUUCCGUUUGCCGUUGAUGUUGUCUUCGAAUCGGCCAGUUCAUCGAACAAACAAGAAACUUUGGUCGGCAAGACCUACACGAAAGCACUGGCUUGGCACAAAAACCGAUUCGACCAGAAGUUUGAGGAUGUUUUCGGCUUGAAAGCAAAAGGGUAUAGUGAAAAGCACAUUGCAUUUGCCCAAGCUGCUUUGAGCAAUAUGGUGGGCGGAAUUGGAUAUUUUUAUGGUGCUUCAAAAGUUCAGAGUACUUAUAGCGAAGAGCCUGUCAACUAUUGGAGAGCACCUCUUUACACUGCAGUACCUUCGAGGAGCUUUUUCCCCAGAGGAUUUCUUUGGGACGAAGGUUUCCACGGACUUUUGAUAUCAGAAUGGGACGUGGACGUCGAAUUGGACAUCAUCAGCCACUGGUUCGACUUGAUGAAUGCUGAGGGUUGGAUACCGCGAGAACAAAUUUUGGGCGUUGAAGCUUUGGCCAAAGUGCCCGCCGAAUUCGUAGUGCAAAAGAACACCAACGCCAAUCCGCCCACAUUCUUUUUGACCCUGGAUCAUAUCCUCGAUCGAUUCGAAGACUCUUUGACGGAUGACAGGCUCGCCGUUUUAGAUAGACUGUAUCCACGAUUACAGGCAUGGUACGCCUGGUUUAACUCGACGCAAAAAGGCGCUACAGCCGGCUCGUACAGAUGGCGCGGCCGCGAUGCCGAUUCCCAACUCGAACUCAAUCCGAAAACGUUGACUUCCGGUUUGGACGACUAUCCGCGCGCCUCCCAUCCCGACGCUUCAGAACGUCACGUGGACUUGUAUUGCUGGAUGGCCGUCGCGGCACGCGUCAUGGCACGGCUAGCCGAUUUGCUGGCGAUCGACGGCCGUCGGUAUCGGCAGACGGCUGAGUAUCUCUUUGACAACGAGUUGCUGGACUCCCUCCAUUGGUCCGAGUACGCCAAUGUCUACGCCGACUACGGACUGCACACCGACGCCGUCAAACUGACAAGACCGACGCCGCUGCCGCGCUCCCAAAACCGGAACCUGGAGAUGCGCAGGUCGGUGCUGAAGACGCCCGAGCACCGGUUGGUCGACUCCACUUUCGGCUACGUCGGCCUGUUUCCUUUUCUGUUGCACUUGGUGCGCCCCGAUUCGCCCAAACUGGGCCGGAUUCUGCAGGAUUUGCGGAACCCCGAGCUGCUGUGGACGCCGUUCGGGCUUCGCUCCCUCUCCAAAAGCAGCCCUUUGUACAUGCGCCGAAACACCGAGCACGAUCCGCCCUAUUGGCGGGGCCAGAUCUGGAUCAACGUCAACUUUCUCGCUCUGCGUGCCCUUCACCACUACGCGAGGGUGGAAGGGCCGUACAGGGUGAAAGCACAAAGUGUUUACGGGGAGUUGAGGGAGAACGUGGUGGGCAACGUGAUGCGGAGGUAUUUCGAGACGGGGUUCGUGUGGGAGCAGUAUAAUGACAGGACUGGGGAGGGGAGCGGGUGCAAACCGUUUACAGGGUGGUCGGCGCUAGUGGUGCUCAUGAUGGGAGAACGUUAUUGAAUUGAGGGAGUUCGAGAUGUUUUUGCUUGGUAAUAAAGGGAAAAAUAUCGAUU